UAUUUCAUCCUGGAAAAACAAACACUUAAAAUGUAUUUUCUUUGCAUGUUCCACAGGUAAAGCUGUUCUUAUGGCUGGAGGAGGAGUCGCUGCUGUGGUUCUGACUCCUGCUGUCAUACUUGCACUGGGAUUCUCUGCAACUGGAAUAGUAGCAGGAUCCAUUGCUGCAAAACUGAUGGCAUUAUUUUCAUCAGGAGGAUUAUGGGGCAUGAUAUCAUUGCUACAAUCAGUUGGCGCGGUUGGUUUUUCUUGGAGUGGCUUCACACUUACUUUUGCUACUGGAGGCGUUUUGGGAAACAUGAUAUCCAGCAUCUGCAACCAAACUGGAGCUCCAUGAAGAAUGAUUUUCUGCCUUAGGCUGCCCCAGCUCC